AAGCAGAGGGCAUAGCUGUAAUGUAAUUCAAAAGCAAGUAGUAUAUAAAUUGGUAUUUACAUUUCUACAGUAAUAAUUAUAUUUUUUAUAUUUUAAUAUUGCUUGAAAAUAAAUAAUUGAUAAAUAAAUAUCAAUUUCUCAAUAGUUAUACAAAAAACUAUUUAUUCUGCUGUUUGUCAUGAUAUUAAUUAGAAAAUAUAAUAGAUUAUCACUUAUUUCUGCUUUCAAAAAUUUAACACGUUUAUUGUAAGAUGUGCAUUUCAUUCUAAUAUUGUCUAAAGUUAUACUGAUAAGAAAUUUUCAAGAGCAGCAAUAUGUUUAACGUUAGAACAAUAAGUAGACCCUUAUAUAUGGCUGUAUAUCCAAUUAAAGAAUAUUUGGGAAAUUAUGAUACACCUAAAAUUCCACUUGCUAAGGACAUAGAAGAUACUCCCAUGGGAAGGAUAAGAAAAAUAUUUAUUUCUACCGACUACGAGCCUUUAAGCAAAGAACUUCAAAGUUUAAUUAAUUUCACAAGUACUGCAGCCUUGGUUGGUAUAAUCGUGGGUGGUGUGACCAAUACACGAGGAGUUGCACAGCAAUUUAUAGAUAAUAAUGAAGCAACACGUUUUUAUAAUCAUAUGGAUGCAAAGCGAUCUUUACAAGACAAAGUUACAAUAGCAUUUGCUAAGGGUGCUUAUAAAUUUGGCUGGAGAUUAUCUGUGUUUUGUGGACUUUAUGAAUUCAUUCGAAUAAUGUUGGGUGCAUAUUAUGGGAAACCUUCAAUUUUACAUUACAUGACUGGAGCUGGUAUUGCUGGGUUUUUAUUUAAGUUAUCACUUGGUGUCAAAGGUUCAUUAGUUGGUCUGAUUGUUGGUACUGUUCUUGGAGCUAUUGGUGGUUCUUUUUCUUUAAUCUUGAUUAAGUUAACAGGAAUGUCACAGGAAGAUUUUGAACGUAUACAAUAUUAUUGGUCUUAUAAAAGAGGCGCGGUAUUUAAAGAAGCAAUGGGUAAACAUUUAGAAAAAGAACAUGGAGAAGCAAAGACCCUUUACGAAGAAAUUCAAAAUGUGCAGAAAAAAUUAUCUUCUACAGAAAUAAAAAGUAACGAAGUAGAUAAAUAGAGAUUGUGUGUGAAUAUAUAUUAUAGAAUAUAUUAUGUAAAUAUAAUGUAACAAUGUUCUUAAAUUCUCAUACAUCAAUCAUCAUUUAGAAUAUCUGAAUUUACUAUAUUGCAGUAUAUACAAAAUAUUCAACUCUUUAAUGUGUAAAUUAAUAAUUGGUUGAAUAAAUCGUAAUAUUGGCCGCGAUAUAAAU